AUGGCCUCUUGCCCCACCGCCUUUUUCUGCAACCACGCAGCAACAGCAGCACCGUGGUCAUCUUCCAGAGCCGGAACCAGAAGAAGCUUCUGUCGGCGGAGCUCUGUGAAAACAACCAUCAAUGCCAAGCUCGACCAGAAGACGUCGUUGCAGUACAAGAAGCUCGGAGACUCAGACCUUGUAAUUAGCGAAAUCACUCUCGGAACCAUGACAUUCGGCGAGCAAAACACAGAGAAAGAAGCUCAUGAGAUUCUCAGCUACGCAUUCGAAAAUGGGAUUAACGCUUUGGACACUUCAGAAACCCACCCAUUUCCAAUGAAGAAGGAAACUCAGGGAAGCACCGAUCGUUUUAUCAGCAGCUGGCUCAAGUCUCAACCCCGUGAUAAGGUUAUUUUGGCAACAAAAGUAUCUGGGUAUUCGGAGACGGCAAGUUACCUGCGUGACAAUGCCACGGUCUUGCGGGUGGAUGCUGCAAACAUUAAGGAAAGUGUAGAGAAAAGCCUUAAGCGCCUUGGCACAGAUUACAUUGAUUUAAUACAAAUUCAUUGGCCAGAUCGCUAUGUGCCACUAUUUGGUGCGUAUUCUUAUGAUUUUUCCAAAUGGAGACCAAGUGUGCCAUUCGUGGAGCAGCUGAAGGCUUUUCAAGAACUCAUUGAUGAAGGAAAGGUACGAUACAUUGGUGUUUCCAGUGAAACUUCAUAUGGAGUGAUGGAAUUUGUACAUGCAGCUAAAGUUGAAGGACUACCAAAGAUCGUCAGUAUCCAAAACCGUUACAGUCUGCUAGUUAGAACUCGUUUUGAAAUUGAUCUUGUUGAAGUUUGCCACCCGAAAAAUUACAACAUUGGCUUACUGGCUUAUUCUCCACUGGGUGGUGGAACUCUUACUGGAAAGUACAUAGAUAUCAAUUCCGAAGCUGCAAAAAAAGGGAGGCUGAACCUUCUCCCUGGCUACAUGGAAAGAUAUAACAAAUCUAUUGCCAGGGAAGCAACAAUAAAGUAUAUCGAGACAGCCAAGAAGCACGGGCUAACUCCAGUUCAGCUUGCACUUGGGUUUGCACGGGACCGUCCAUUUGUGACAAGUUCAAUCGUUGGUGCAACUUCUGUGAACCAACUGAAGGAAGACAUUGAUGCUUUUCUGUUGACAGAGAGGCCUUUGCCACCGGAAGUGGUGGCUGACAUUGAAGAUAUUUUCAAGAGAUACAAAGACCCUACCAUUUUUUGA